UGUUUUGUGGUUGCCCACGGAGACACAGAAACUACAGCCUACCUCUUCAUUUCAAUACUGAGACGGUGCAGACGUGCUGCUGAACGGAUCUCGUUCACAUAUAGUACCGUGACACCUGAUCAAAUGCCUUGUUUGCGAGUUUUCUGGCACUGACGUUGUGGAUUUCCUUCCCUCAGUUUGUUUUUCCCUCUUGGCGUGGUAGCCGCCGGUACGCUUUGGUGCCGUUUCGCUACACGCCGCCUGACACGCUUAAUAUCCCUCCUCGUAGCGCUCGGAGCAGCACCGAAACCCACAGGGAAAGUUUACAUUUUCAUACGGCUGGAGGACAGUCGCCGCGUCCAGUUAAAGUGCGGUUGUUGUCGCUGUUCCACCGUGCGUAAAAAUGCGUAAAAAGCAAAAGGAUGACCAUUUACAUCAAAGACCACCAAACCGGCCCGAUGGCUCGACCGCAGUAACGGCGACAGAGGAGAGCGGAGGAGAUCCGCCACCCGUCGGUGCCGCCGGACCCUCAGCGCAAAACUCCCGUUCAAAGCCAGCCACCGACCGCGGCGAGCGGAGCUUUGGCCACCCCGGGUCCACCGGAGGAGGAGAGCCGCAGUCGCCGUCCCGGUGCAGACCCAAAGUCAACUCCCCUACAGACAGCCUAGGCGUGUUUCAGAAGAGGUCUAUAUUCCAUCUCCCUUACCGCCGCUCAUCCAGCGGAUAUUUCUCCUUCGAGAGCGACUCGCUUCCGAGCUCCCCGCUCUCCCCGAGGCCAGCGACGGCUGACAAAGCCACGCAGACUCCGAGCCCCACCGGCCAGGUGAUCAGUCACGCCCUGCAGCGCAUGGCUGAGGCGCAUGGCGGAGGACCCGGGACGCACCAGCAGCACGGAAUCUCUCCCAGCCCCUCUAGCACGAGGCAACAAAACGCAGCAGGGGACAUGCAGGCGGAGGCAAUCGGACGAGAACUCCGACUCAUUGGAGACGACUACAAUAGAGUGCUCAUGUUAAGGGGGGUGGCAGGUGGACGUAGGCGAAUUGUGAUCCAUCCAAACCAGUUGCCGUACAUCCAACAGGAGCCCACCGUCCUGCUGUGCGUUGGCAUCCUGCUCCUUCUGAUUGGACGGAUAAUCUACUCACAAGGCAGUACGAACGGCCACCAGGACCACUCUCAGGUUUAGCUUUUGGAAAACCCAGCAGACGUAGCACCUUUGAUAAUGUAUCUGUGUUUUUGGAUCUAUCACAUCUUUUCCCAUUUGAGAAAAGAAACUUUGGACUCUGUUUGUCUUAAUUUCAACAAACGGAGAUUUUUUAAAACCUUUAAGAAACUCUAAAAUGCCUGGAUUUUUGUUUUUGCACCUCUGUUUUUCCUUAAUGGUCUCUGAGCCUUUGCAAUGCUACCAAAGAGCCAGGAUUUUGCACUCCUUUGCAGAGCAUGGGGCGGCCAUGUCACCUAAAUAUGCCCCCCUGGAAGAUUACGCCUGUGGAAAUUCAAAUGUGCCUUGUACAGUUUUCUGUUAAUUUUUUCUGUUUGUUUACUUUUCUGGCUUCUUUUAAGGUGUAUUAUUGUACAGAGAUUAUGAGUUCCUCGGGUGGAUCAACUCUGCAGACCCAGGAUUGUUAAAAUACGUUGAUCCGGUCCUCAAAAUAUUCCCCUUCCUUUUGUAAAAUGAUCUUGCACCCCUGUCACACCAACAUGCAACAGACUCAUGAACCUGCAUGGGAACCAAAUGGGCCAAAGUAAUCAUUUUUAUCACACAUGGUUCCUAAACAACUGUGCCAUUUAAUGGUUUCUUUCCAUGAAAUACAUGCGUGCUUAUGUCUACAUAGUAAGUUAGGAAGAGUCGAUUGUACAUCUGUGUUUUCAGCCAUCAAAAUGAAUUGUGUCCUGCCAUGCCAUGAACUAAAGCCCCAUUUGGACAGGAUUAAUAUUACAGGGAGAUGUUAGGUGGAUAAUAAUAGUUUUAUUCUGUGGUCCUCGUAAACCUGAGUCAUUGCUCUGGAGGACAUUUUAGCCAUAAGGAAAAAUAGUUUCAUCUAUCUAAUGGGAGAACUGAUCAGCACAAACAUUAUUUAAAUACUCAACCUCCCCUAAAAGUCUGUCCAAAUGAAGCUUAAUACUGUAAUCCAUUAAUACUCCAUUAAUGUUUAAAUGUCCGUUUCUUUGUUGUGUCUUAUUUCAAUGUCCCGGGUCAAGUUUUAGCUAUAGUACCUCCUGCUACCAUUUGGCAUAUAAUAUGUAAUCAGAUGAUCUGUAAUCCAGAUUAUUAUCCAUUCAAAGGUACUUUCAGUAGAUGCAGUUUUUUUCAAUAAAUGAGAACACAUUUCUUUGGUUUUUCACUAGUUUUCUAAAUAUGCACUUAUAGAAAUGUUUAGGCCUCAAAAACUGCAAAGUAUUUCAUGACUACCUUACAGUUUAUCAAAGAGUAAUUUGUACACAAUAGCUAGUUCUGUCUCUUACUGUGUAAACUGAGCCAGCCCAGACAGUUUUUACUCACCAUGAGGCAAGGGCGUAGGUUUGGUUUUAACUUUAGUGGGGACAUUUUUUUGUUGGACGGCCAAAGUAAUUGUGUAUGUAUCACCCUUUUCUUUUUCAUAGGCACAUGUGUGCACACACAUACACAUAUAAAGAGCCUGACCCUGCAAAAUGUUUACUGAAUAUGCAUUUGUUGACUUGCCUGAAACCGGACUUGUAUCAUGAUUUUUUUUCUUUGAUUUUUACAUUUAUUUUAUUGAUAGACUACUUAACUAUAAAUCUGAGACCAAAAUUAACAUUUAAAAGUAACAUAUCAUAGACUGUCACAAUUAAUGUGUAGAAACCUGUAGGUAACAUGCUGCUCUGUAACUAGCUGCUGUAAGGUUUUCAAACCUCACCUGAGAUUCUGUCCUUUCAGUUUGUGGAUUUGGGUGACAUAACUCAAGAGUUUCAUGACAGAGCCACAGUGAUGCUCAAACCUAUCUUUAAAUCAUCUCAAAAACUUUGUAUUAUUUUUCAUUCAACUCCUGAACAUAUGACUAGAUCUUUCACUAUGACAUCAGAGCUCACCUGGGAGGCCGCAGCUAACCUCUCUGUGUGUCUCUGUGACAUCAGAGCUCA